AUGUCUCUGGUGUCCAUUCCCACCACUGACGUCAGUUGGAGAUCUGCCAUUUGCUCUAUGGCGAGCUUGGAUCAGGUAUCCCUGACUUUAUUCUCUUCGAAACAGGAACAAGGUUCACUGCUGGCUUCAGACCUUCAAGCAUUGAUAAAUAUGGCGUCUUUACCAUCAGAGAACCUUGCAUGCAGUGACAGUACAAUGUACAUGUCUGCAAGGUCAACUGAUGGUGAACCUGCAUUCCAAAUACCUGAAGCUCAGGUUACCUCCUCCACCAGCAACUCACCCUCGAACCAAUUGGUUGUGACAUCAUAUGCAAUGGUCCCGGAGCAGAACGGCACACCCUGUAUAACCGUUGGUGGAUCAGGGGUGAGGAAUGAGGUUUUGGUUGAACCUGCCAUUCCUUCUGCUGAGAGCUCGGAUCAUGUAUCCCAGGAUUUAUUUUCAUCAAUAGCUCGAACCCCCCUCUUCGACAAACUAUGUUGGGACCUUGCCAAGUUCGAAGAGGACCUCGAAACUGUGCCAUUCUUAAUGCCAUUGUCAUUGGUGACCGACCUUCAAAAAAUGAUCCUGGAAGUGCCCUUGACAAGUUCGAGUGUGCCUACAAUCGGUCAGGAUCUGGAAGGAUGCAUCGCAGGAAUGUCCAUGACUCACUCAUUACCUGAGCAGCUGACUAACCCCAUUCUAUGGGACUCAUCCUCAGAGUCAUCCAGUAGUGAUGACGAGGAGAUAAUUAGAGCUCGCUCAAUAGAGUGGCUGACAAAUUCAAUGCUUCAUAACUCCUCAUCAUCAGACGCGUCUGUUGAUGAGAAUGAGGUCACUGAUUCAUUCAAUGCAUCGCUGGCCACGCCUGUUUCUAGGCAUAUACUCUUGCCCUCUCUCAUCCUGAAUGUCUCCUGGAAACUUGGAAACAAGGGUAAGGAGGUAGAGGAAAUGGUCAUGGCUUGCUCAUUGGAGUGGCCAUCACACGCUGUCCUUCAGUCGACAUCUGAGGUGCCGGUGGUUGUGCCUGUUCAACGGCUCAGUAGCAGACCAUCCCAUACCCCAAAACUGACCUCCUCAUGUUCCAACACCUGGGAGGGUGCAGCGACUGGGAAAGGUUGUAUCGCCAUUCUUCCACUCGCUGCAUCCCAACCAGCAAAACCCCAUACCCUGCCAUCCUCCUGUCAUUACACCUAUGAUGUCAGCCAGAAAAAAGCAACCAUCCCUGCACAUCAUUGUGAGUCGGGCAUGACCCCCGAUGCUCACUGUUCCCCCCUUGUUGCAUCUACCACAUUCCAGCGGGACAACAGCAGCACUGCUGUGUGGUUGAGCACAUUGCUAUAUCUCGAUCCAAAAACCCUUUAUUAUGACUUUACCCCUAUUUUUCCUUAUCUUAUCUAUCCUUAUCCCUCAGAACCCCAGACCUACCUAUCUUAUCUCUCAGACCCAUAA